CCUGUCUGUCGAUCGACCAGUCGACUGAUCAAGCGAUCGGCCCAGCGACCGUUCGUCGGUUAUAUCUGUCGAGUGCCAAGCGCAUACUUGUCGACUCUGUACAGGCUCGGGUUGAUCUCUCGUCACAUCCCCCGACCUGCUUCGGCGACCACCGUCCGUCUAACUACUCUGUCGCAAUCUGCCAUCAAUGCUGUCGUUUACUCGCCGUCCCGCUGCCGCUGGGCUCAAGCUCGAUCCGCCGUCGUCGAAUAUCCAUACAGGGUCGGCUCACUCCCGCUCGUCGUCCGUAUCGAUGGCGCCGUGUGCUCCUCUCAGUCCAGGUUAUCUUCCACCCUGGGUCGGUGAUCCAGCCGCUCUUGGCCACGAGGCUGUGGCUCAACGACGACCAGCUCUGCGGGUCAGGGUGGCCACCAGCUUUGGAACGGCAGUGAUCCCCUGCCCCGAGGGCGCCACUAUCGCCUGGGCACUGGCCGAGGUCUACAGCCGCAUCAUGAAGAUCGACGAGAGCAUGGGACGGGGCGACGCAACGGACCGACUCGACAAUGAGCGGACGAUGCCGCCGCUGACGUUUGCCCGGACCCUCCAUGGCGACAUUCUCGACAUUGACGAUCUCGUAUCCGACGUUUGCGAUCCUGGCGAGACGAUCAUUGCCCUGUCAUUGGCCGAGGCCGCGCGGCUGCCGCUGGCCCUACACCCGAUCUUCCAUUCCAGCCCGCUUCAACCCGAAACCGACAGUUCCCGAGUCGCUGCUCGCUCCGAGAUGCCAAGCCCGACUUCCCAUGCAGCCUCGCGCGCACCCGAUAGAGGCUCCGCUCCAUCGGCCAGGGAUGCGUCUGGAAGAGCUCGAUCCGAACCCGCUCAAACGGGCGGCUCCAAGCACCAGGGCCCUGUCGACGGUCGCUGGCUAUCGUCGAUCCCCGAAGGCUCUUCGCCCACCCGAGGGUGUUGAGCUGGAUCUUGGCAUCGUUCAGCAGAUCGCUUCCUACGCUCUCUCUCUUGGCCAUUUCUGUGUAAGCGUAUGGAAUACAUGACCUUGCCUCUGUGAGUGCCGAUCAACGGA